CAGUCUCUGGUUACAGAGGAGAUUUCGCUGCCGCAACGCUCGGAGCCUGGCGGAGUAAAGUGUUGCGGGCGCGGGAAAGAAGGCUAGACUGAAACACACCUCUGCUGAGUCCCAUGUUGCCAUCGUUGCUUACAUGUUAUUCAGUCGAAAGAGUGGUAGUAAGAGCGAAUACUAAUGAUGUUUUCCACUAUCAUUCAAUUCGUUGCAAUGUGAUUUCCGCACUCAUCAUCUCCCCAUGUAAAUCUCUCGAUGAAUCGUUUAUCAGAGCUGCUGAGUUAUCCAGAUGCAUUUCUGAGCUUGCCAACGUUACUCUGUCAUGAAGUCAUUGAUAUCUUCAUAUUCGAGCUACUGCGUUAUAGGGUUAACCAGCUCGUCGAGCUAUGUUAGAACUUGCGUAUUUCACCAGUCAGUUAAUGUUGCAACAGCUUCGUCUAGGAGUAUCGAGUACUGGUGCCCAGGUGUUGGGUACGAGACAUUUCACGGUUAUAGCCGCACCGUCGUCGACUGAGGCCACUCGGCAGCAACUCAAGUCCAAGUCGUCCCAGAACUUAAAAGUAGCCUGGUUCACAGCAAACUGGUGCGCUCCCUGUCGGAGUAUCGCCCCUCGAGUAAGACGAAUGGGUAUGAUUUCACGAGCAUUGCUCAAUAUCAAUCGAUUGUCGUUGGCAAUCAGGAUUAAUGAAGACGAUUUGAUCAGAUCGAGAAGUAUGCCGAGAUCGCAGACGCAGUGACCUUCAUCAAAAUCGAUAUCGAUCAUCACGAGGAGUUGGCGGAUGAGUGGCAUGUGAAAACCGUUCCGACCUUCUGCCUCUUCAAAGGAGGGAAGGAGGUAGGCCCUAGCUGCUGCUCUGUUCACCCACUCACGCUGGCUUGGUCAGGUCGAUAGAGUGAACGGUGCCGAUCCGGAGGGACUGAAGGAUGCCUUGGAUCGGCUUGCUUGACGGGAUUUACUUCAUGAGACA